AUGGGACGAUUAAGUGCGACAACAACGGUUUUUACAGUGUUGAUCUGUUUUGCUGUCUUCAGUGGAUCGGAGGGCGGUUUUUUGGAUUGGUUUCGCAGCAACAAAAACAAGGGUCAUGACGUGUGUCGCGUCGAGUUCGAAGUUCUAGAUCCGCAAGGAUUACGUCUCUGGACGGCUCAAAAGCCAGAAAUGAGAGGUUUCGGUGUAGAGCUAUUCAUUAAUCCUAUCCAUGGACGAAAACAGCAGCAGUGCAACGUUUGUCGCAACACAAGCGAGAUUACGCAUGGAAAGUUUUUCUUACAAGAUGAAAAUGUAAUCGUCAAGAGCGGUGACAUUCUGGAGUACGUUAUUAUCACUAACAACGGAAAGACAGUUCAGCGGCACAAACCGAGAAAAUUGAUUGUGGAUGAUUAUUUAAUAAAACCGAAAGGAAAAUGUGCGUGUCCACUUGGGGCUGUUACACCGUCCACUCCGACCGACACCGCCAAACAGGUGUUCGAUGAACCUACAGACGAAAUUGCAUUACUCGAGCGUAUCCUCGAACGGGUAUCGAAAAAGUGUGCAGAGGGAAUCAUGUCCAACUUUCUGUUCCUACAAACAGAUCGCGUGGAUGGCCCAACAAACGAUUUGAAGCAGGUCGUACGUGACUACUUCCAGAAGAAGGACGCACUUAAGCCUCUGGCAGAUACGAUCCUGUCUGCGGAGGACGGAUCCGAUGGAAUUGUAUUUCGAGUGAAAAGCAUUAUAGAUAAGUUGAAGAUUUUGGAGCUUGCCCGACAGGAUAGCGACAUAUUGGAUUACGAUAAGCUAACAGCUAUCGAUGAUUUCGACAUUCGAGCCUCGUUUGACGAAGCAUCGUAAAAACAAUAA